AUGCCCCGGUUGUUUGUCAUUCGUCAUGGCGAAACAGCAUGGUCCUUGAAUGGGAGACACACUGGCAAGUCCGAUAUACCUCUGACCAAGCGAGGUGAGGAGCAGAUAAGGCAGAUCGCGCUGCGCCUGGUCGGACAAGGAUUUGCGAUCGAUCCCAAGAAUCUCUGCACAGUUCUAGUCUCUCCACGUCAGCGUGCUCACAGGACCUUCGACCUGUUAUUUGAACAUCUGGAGGAUGCUCCCGAAUAUAGCCUCACAGAGGAUGUCCGAGAAUGGGACUAUGGCGAUUACGAAGGCCUUCUGUCAUCAGAAAUCAAAGAGAAUAAUCCAAACUGGACGAUAUGGAAAGACGGAUGCCCCAACGGAGAGUCAGUCCAGGACAUGCAAGACAGAGUAGAUGGUGUUAUUUCCAAGGUUCGGGAAUAUCAUAAACAAUACAAGGAGCAGGGGAUCAACACACGCGAUGUUCUCAUCGUUGCACAUGGCCACUUUAGUCGCGUCCUUAUCUCCCGUUGGAUCAAGUUUCCCCUUUGCCUCGGUACACACUUUAACGUUGAGCCCGGAUCGGUUGCAGUUCUCGGUUACAACCAUAAUUCUCUUGAAGAGCCGGCACUCAACGCACUCAAUCUCGUUGCUACGAUCUCUUAG